CUCCGAAUCUAAGAGGAGCUUUCAACAACGGGUUUCAAGUUGCGAUUAUCUUUGGUAUUGUGGUUGCAACGAUCAUUAAUUACUUCACCGCUCAGAUGAAAGGAAACAUCGGAUGGAGAAUCUCUCUCGGAUUAGCUUGUGUCCCUGCAGUGAUGAUCAUGAUCGGAGCCCUAAUCCUUCCCGACACUCCCAACUCGCUCAUUGAACGUGGCUACUCCGAAGAGGCAAAGAAGAUGCUUCAAUCCAUCCGAGGAACCGAUGAAGUCGAUGAAGAGUUUCAAGAUCUCAUUGAUGCGAGUGAGGAGUCUAAGCAAGUGAAACACCCAUGGAGGAACAUCUUGCUUCCUCGUUACAGACCACAAUUGAUCAUGACUUGCUUCAUUCCUUUCUUUCAACAACUUACUGGAAUCAAUGUUAUUACUUUCUACGCACCCGUUUUGUUCCAAACCCUCGGGUUCGGUAGCAAAGCUUCCCUCCUAUCAGCUAUGGUAACGGGUAUCAUCGAGCUCUUGUGUACCUUCGUCUCUGUUUUCACAGUGGAUAGGUUCGGAAGAAGAGUCUUGUUCCUCCAAGGAGGUAUCCAGAUGCUUAUCUCUCAGAUCGCUAUUGGAGCAAUGAUUGGAGUCAAAUUCGGAGUGGCUGGAACAGGGAACAUAGGGAAAGGAGAUGCUAAUCUGAUCGUGGCACUGAUCUGCAUCUAUGUAGCGGGUUUCGCCUGGUCAUGGGGACCGUUGGGAUGGUUGGUUCCAAGUGAGAUAUCUCCACUAGAGAUCCGAUCAGCAGCACAAGCCAUAAACGUAUCGGUCAACAUGUUCUUCACAUUCCUUGUGGCACAGCUCUUCCUCACUAUGCUCUGUCACAUGAAAUUCGGACUAUUCUUCUUCUUCGCCUUCUUUGUCGUCAUAAUGACUAUAUUCAUCUACUUGAUGUUGCCUGAGACGAAGAAUGUGCCAAUCGAAGAGAUGAACAGAGUGUGGAAGGCACACUGGUUCUGGGGAAGGUUUAUUCCUGAUGAAGCUGUUAAUAUGGGUGCUGCUGAGAUGCAACAGAAGUCCGUAUGACGGUGAAAACUCUUGAGUCUUCUUUGGGCAAAAGAUUUGUGAGAAAAUCUGAAAAAAGAGAAAGUGAUGAUUUUAUUGGGAUGAAAUAAGAAUGAAAAUGCCUUUACUUCCCUAAAAGAAAGCUGCUCUGUUUUUAGAUGCAGAGAGUUAGCUUUUCUAGUUUGUUCUUUCUUUUUUAUUUCUUCUUCUUAUUCAAGUCUACUUGUUGAAAUUGUAUGGGCCUAAAGAAAGUUAAGAAAAACAAAUAUAAAAAUAUAAAAUUUUAAAAAUC